ACUCUGUUGAGGCCAUGCAAAAUUUGUUCAAUGAAACUAAAAGUGCAUCAGUGUGAAAAAUCGUGCAAUGCAGUUAAGCGAUGACGAGGCAAGGCGCGAUUGUAGAACGAUGGCGUUCUCUCCACCAGGUGACAGAAGAUACAGGUAACCUGUGGAAACCACCUGUUCUCAGUCAUACCACAGACGUCAUCGCCUUUUCCUGCAAGUACAGCCUUGAGUUCUAUUAAACAGGCUUAAAGUAAAUUUCUGAGUAAAUUUAGACGGGAUCGGCGUUAUUGUAGUAUUUUACAGUACUUUCCACAACAUUUUUCGUUUGAUUGUGUGCUGAGCAGAAGCAAUGAAUCACACGGCGAAUAUAAAAGAAAUACUGAACACACAGUCAGGAGGAUGCAGAAAUUCAGGCCCCAACUUCACAGACUCUCAGUUUUUCUUUGGGUCCCAGUUUUGGCGUGAUAACCCUCAAAACUUUUCUCAGGAUAUGAGUUUGUCAUCUAGGAACUCCCAGCAAAGUUCACAAGAGUGUAGUGACCCAAAGAUUUCAACCCGUUAUCAGUCCAAACCUCUCUUGUUUGGAGGAGACCCAAAGGACUUUUUUGGAGACUCCAAAAAACUUUUGGAUGCAUUUGAGGAGGAAAAGAAAAAAGCAAAAGAUAAAAGUGACCGUGAUAUGCUUGCAAAAGAAUGCCUUCAAAUUCGUGAAACCCUAACCAAAGUCCAGCAACUCGUUGCAAACACGGAAGAGAACACAUCUGUAUGCCAAACCAUCCUCCAAAAGUUAAGCGAUUUGUCUUCCACAUUGCAAAGUCUAAGCAGUAUCCAGAGCGACAUUUCACAGCAGUUUAAAACGUUAUUGGACACAGUGAACUCCCAGAAAGAGAUGAUGAUCGAACUGGGGGAACGUGUGCAAAAGAAUGGAGACCGCAGCAUAGAACUUGGGGCAAAUAUGAAAAGCGACGUGGAGUGUCUGAGACUGGAGCAAGACAAAUCCAAUUUGAAGCAAGAAAGCAAGCUUGAGGAGGCUUUGCAGCUGCUCAAUGUUUUAGUUUCAGAGCACUCGACUAAGCACCGUCCUCUUGACGUAACUGACAAAGCCAUGCAGACAUCACCAGGACGGGAUAAAGGGGUCCAAACGGUACAGGAUACAUCGGACGGGCAGGUUUCUGUUCCGGACUGUGUUGUCAGAAAGCGAAAAGAGAAAAGCAUAAGUAGGUACAGAAGGCGACCUCUAGUCCGCCAGAGAUCCAAGCUCACUGUCACAGAUCAACCUCAUACCGACAGCAGCAAACAGCAAAUUGUUUCGACGGCUCCCGGAGAACCUCCUGACCUGGGCAGAAUAAGCGGUCACGAGAUUUCAGUCCAGUCGAACCCAAAAAGCAAAUCCAGUAAAAGCGUCGGAUGUUUCAUCACACCUCUUAGCUGUUGGUCUCAUGAUAGUAGCCGCCCUGAAAGCCCCAAAAAUGUCAACCCCGACUCAGAGGUAAUUCUAAUUGAGUCCAGUCCUCCUGAUCUCCUCUGGCAUCUUUUUGAAAUCGAUUAGGUGUGAAAUACAGUUUUGUGGAAAAUGGGUCAUUGAUGUGUAUUAUUGAUUAUUUUGUUGUGGUUAUUUAUAUGGUUGGAUAAUUUUAGUCGGAGAAGAAAUGCAUGUGGACAUGUCUCCAAAAAUCUUUGUCAUGAUUAUAGUUUAUUUCCCAUCAUCAAGAAAUACGUUCAGUUUCUUUGCUCAUAUUUGCAUUUAACUUAUUAUUCUGUAUCUAUGUUCUUGGCUUGUCAGUUGGAAAUAAAGCCUCGCUCACAGA